UCUGCCAGCGAAAGCAAUACGAUCAUGGACAGCUCGAUAGGACGCUUCUGGAACGCGUUGACGCGUAGGAAGCAGAAGGAAAUUGAUGGAUCGUCAUCACCACUGGCGCGUGUCUUGACGCUGUUCGAUCUCAGCGCCCUUGGCGUCGGCGGUACACUCGGACUCGGUGUGUACGUGCUGGCCGGAUCGGUAGCCCGCGAUCAGGCCGGUCCAGCGGUCAUCAUUUCGUUCCUGGUUGCUGCAUUCGCUUCGGCCAUUGCUGGCCUGUGCUAUGCCGAGUUUGCUGGCCGCUUUCCGAAGGCCGGUUCAGCGUACGUGUACUGUUACGUCAGUAUUGGCGAGUUCACUGCGUUCACGAUCGGUUGGAACCUGGUGCUGGAGUAUGUGAUCGGAACAUCGAGCGUAGCACGUGGUAUGAGCGGUUACAUCGAUUUGUUGGUGGACAAAAAGAUCAGCAGCACACUCCGUGAUGCCAUGCCGAUACACGUCGACUUCCUGUCCGACUAUCCGGAUUUAUUCUCGUUCAUGUUGGUGAUGAUACUGGCCGGACUGCUGGCGUACGGUGUGAAGGAAUCGACGCUCAUGAACAACGUCUUCACCAUCAUUAACCUAACCGUAAUCGUCGUCAUGAUGGUGGCGGCCGGAUCGAAGUGUGAUCCGGCCAACUGGGCCAUCAAACCGGAAGACAUUCCGGCCGGUGUUAACGGAGGUGCCGGUGGCUUUAUACCGUUCGGAUUCGCCGGCAUUAUGGCUGGUGCGGCCAAGUGUUUCUACGGAUUCGUUGGGUUCGAUUGUGUCGCAACGACCGGGGAGGAAGCGAAGAACCCAACGCGAAACAUUCCGCUCGCGAUCGUCAUCUCGCUGAUCCUCAUCUUCAUCUCGUACUUUGGUGUGUCGGCGGUGCUGACGAUGGCACUGCCGUACUAUCUGCAGGAUGCGGAUGCACCGUUUCCGCAUCUGUUCGAUUUGUACGCUUGGACGGCGAUCAAAUGGUUCUCGUCGCUCGGUGCGAUCCUCUCUCUGAGUACCAGUCUACUGGGGAGCCUGUUCCCGUUGCCCCGUGUGCUGUACUCGAUGGCCUCCGAUGGUGUCAUCUACAAGAAGCUGCAAACGGUUCAUCCGAAAACGCAGACACCGGCAUUCGCUACGAUGCUGUCGGGGCUGUUUGCGGCGUGUAUGGCAGCCUUCUUCAGUCUACAGCAGCUUAUUGACAUGAUGUCCAUAGGAACGUUGCUUGCCUAUACGAUCGUAUCCGUGAGCGUGCUGGUGUUGCGUUAUCAGACGCAGGAGUUGAUGAGCAGCACGGACAUCAGUGUGACCGUACCGGAGGUGCUCCGUCAGUUUGUGAAUGGAUCGCGCACCAAGGAUCCGACGUACGCUUCGUCCGCCGUCGUCAAGUUUUGUGUUUGUGUCUUUGCGCUGUUCGUCUGCGGCAUUUGCAUCAUUCUGGUCCCAGGCGAGGACUUCGUCAACGGUGAUUAUCCAGGUGUUCUCGCGGGAUUGGCCAUCAUGGUCGUCCUCAUGGUUGCCUCGUUCGUCGUCAUAUCGCUUCAGCCAACGGAUAGUGCAAAGCUGACGUUCAAAGUGCCGCUGGUACCGCUGCUGCCGCUAAUCAGCGUUUUCUCCAACGUGUAUCUGAUGUUCCAGCUCGAUUCCGGUACCUGGAUACGGUUCGGCAUAUGGAUCACGGUCGGUUACUUCAUCUACUUCACGUACGGUAUCCGUCACUCGAUCGAGGGUGAGCGAUUGCCUAUCAAAUCGGAGCAGGCCAAUGGCAAGGUGGCUAGCGCUCCCAACGGUAUCGACAAUGCGGCAUACGAUGAGGAGAAGCAGGUGGGCUUCCCCAUUCGUCGGCCUUCGUACACGAUUUUAAGCAAAUCGUAA